AGUCAAUCUAACAAAAAUAGUGAAACACAAAUUGUUAUUACUCGUAACAUGUUUUAGUGUCUCGACGUAAAAACGUUCGGUAUCAACACGUAUAUUUCUUACAAACGACUUCGGUUAUCCAUGCAAAAAAAUUUGAAUACAAAUUCGGGAACAGUUUCUUGCCCCUGUUCAGUUUAUGUGUCAUCGAGAUGGAUACUAGCACGUGUUCUCACGGCCAUCAAAAUGUUCAAUCCGUUGCACAGCGAAAGUUUUAUCAGUGGGUGCUUAAAUGGAUAAACGGUGUUGCAUCGAAUGACGAUGAAAUACGCGACAUUCAACAGUCGGCAAAGCCAGAUGUACCAGUACUCGCUAGUUUCCUGCAAACAAUCGGUUUUAAACUUCUUUCGUUCGAAAAGCACAACGAUGUAUUUUCUCAGAAGAGUGAAAAUAAUGCCUCGGCAUUUGAACAAGGAGCUCUCAAAGUAACGAUUGAAUGCGGUACUUCAAACAUGAGAGCAAUGUUGAAAUUAGAAGGGAUCACGUGUCGGUGCCCUAAUCCUGAUCACAUUAAGGACGCAUCUUUCUGGAGCAUAAGCGGCACUGGACCUACCGCAAGCACUGACAAUAUCGCACAAAAAGUGGAGGAGACUGGAAGUACCCUGCUACCCCCUCUAACAAAAGACGUUGCUCGAGUUUUGCGCGAUGUAUCGUAUAAAUUAUUUGAUACAAUUGUGUGCGAACCGGAUGUGAAUCGUAACACGAAUAUAAGCAUAAGUGCAUCGCGUUCAAAUAAUGUAUCCUACGAGUACAAAUCCGGGCAGAAUAUUCCGAAACAAGAAGUUGGAGUUAUGCGAAGCAAUACGCAACCGGAAAUGCGUCUCCGAGCGGAUAGUUUAAAUUCAAAGUGUCCUCCUGAAAAUCAUGAGAAGACGAAUUUCGAGAUACCACAAAUACGAACUGUGUCCCCGAUAAGUCCAAAGAAGACGACGUUACAGCGUCAAAGAACAUGGGAUAUUGAUAUUGAAACUCAAAAUGCGGACGAAGAACCACGACCAUCGCCCCCGAAACUUACAAGUUCUCCAGUUACAGUCCCUGAAUUAUCUAAUUCGUUAGGGCAAAUAUCUUUACAAAGCGAUAUUGACAAUUCCAAAAAUAUAACGGAAUACAUUAUAGGAGCACAGCAGAAUUUGGAGAAAGCGCUUAAAAUGUUAUUAUUCAAGAAACCAACGAUUUUAAACGACGUAUCACCUAGUCAAGCAUUAGAUCAGGAUAGUGUGUCCGUGAAAUCAGCACCGGCAGCCAUAUCGCCAACUUCUGUGAUCAGCCCUUAUAAAUCAUCUGGAACAAAUAUAAUCGAUUGUUUGAAGCCGAAACAAACUAAUUUGACGCAUGAACAAUUGAUAACGAAAGCGCUUUCGAGAAAUGCGACACAAGUACCGAAAGCACGACGCAGUAUCGAACCAAUACUGUCUAAGUCUCUGUCAAGAAAAAAUGAAGACAACUCAAAACUCACGAUUCGACGUAGUAGUUUUUAUAUUCCUUCGCCAGCUAAUUCUAAUAUUGCAGCGCUAUCGAAAUCGGAAACCAAACAGAAAUUGUUGGGCAUUGGGAGGUAUAGUACUUCUAAAACCAGCAACGCUAUUGAAUCUGAAAUUUCAAACAGAGUUACGUUGACGAAAAAAGGGGUUGCAUCACCGGAACCAAGAAAAAGUGCUUCCGCAACUUCCGGAACACCCAACGGACGUGUUUCAUUGAUCAAACCACCUACAAAAAUAUCAAAGUCCAUACCCGUUAAAGUAAACACCAUGCAACCUUCGAAAAUAAACACAGGAAUUGCUAGGAAACCAAGACUUAGUCUGCCAAAGGAUUAAAUGUUAUUUUUACUUACGUUAUUUAAUUCGUAGACAUUGUAACUCGAUAUUUAAUCGUUUUAAACGAAGAUUCGUUCAGAUGUUUUAUUUUUUUACGUAUUUAAUACAUCAUUGCCUGUAAUAUGAAUUUAUUAAUAUAUUUUCUUACUAUAAAAUCGAA